UGUGAAACACUGUGCCAAGUGCAGCGCGCAAAUACUAGCCAUAGACUCGUGCUGCUAACCUCAAUAGUAGCGCGCACUCGUUCUGCCAGGCUUAUAUGACAACGCUUAUAUCGGCUGGCGUGCCAUCUGUCGAGAAACGGGACAAAUAUUUCAGGUUUUCUGAACUAGAGCUCCCAAAUGAAGCGAUAAAAAGGGAUGCAGCGUGGUGAAUGGGAGAGAAUAACGCGGGAGUAACUCAGGGAUGUUUUGGAUGUAUUGCGUGCCAGGACUGAAGGUUUGAUGCCCAUCCACAGGCUCGUGUUUUGAUGAGUUUAUAGGCGAUCGCUCCUGCGUGAAUUAUUUACUGCGAAGUUACCGGCUGGACUAUCGACGAGCAAUAUGCGGUUGUUUGUUGGUUUUGUUUUGUCAACUUUUUGGGUUUGGGAAGCAUCGCUUUCUCGCGUUUACACCAAUCACUGGGCUGUUCGGAUCCCUGAAGGACCAGUGGAAGCUGAUAAACUCGCUUCAAAAUAUGGCUUUACUAAUUUGGGUCAGAUCGGAGGACUUGAGCACCAUUACCAUUUCCAUCACAGCAGGGUGGUCCGCAGAUCCGCCUUUGCCACCAGAGGCGCUCACAGCUUCAUUCACAUGGACCCGAAGGUUGACUGGGCGCAGCAGCAGGUGGUGAAGACACGAGUCAAACGCCAUGCCAGGAGCGACCCGAGCUACAUCCACUUCAACGAUCCAAAAUGGUCCAACAUGUGGUACAUUCACUGUAGUGAUAAAAACAACCGAUGCCGUUCAGAAAUGAAUAUCCUUGCGGCCUGGCAGAGAGGCUAUACUGGUCGAAAUGUGGUCAUCACCAUUUUGGACGACGGUAUUGAGAGGAACCAUCCGGAUCUGGCACAGAAUUAUGACCAGUUAGCGAGCUACGAUGUGAAUGGAAACGACUACGACCCGACCCCACGAUACGACUCCAGCAACGAGAACAAACACGGGACACGAUGCGCAGGUGAAGUCGCUGCUGUAGCCAACAACUCGCACUGCAUUGUGGGUAUAGCCUACAACGCCCGCAUAGGAGGUGUCCGAAUGCUUGACGGAGAUGUGACUGAUGUGGUGGAGGCCAAGUCUCUGGGAAUAAGGCCAGACUACAUCGACAUUUACAGUGCCAGCUGGGGCCCCGACGAUGACGGGAAGACCGUGGAUGGGCCGGGGCCUCUGGCCAAACAAGCCUUUGAACUGGGAAUUAAAAAGGGCCGUAAGGGUCUCGGCUCCAUCUUUGUUUGGGCGUCUGGUAACGGGGGCCGGCAGGGCGAUCACUGUUCCUGCGACGGCUACACCAACAGCAUCUACACCAUCUCCGUCAGCAGCAGCACGGAAAACGGCAACAAGCCCUGGUACCUGGAGGUCUGUUCCUCCACCCUUGCCACCACGUACAGCAGCGGAGAGUUCUACGACCGCAAAAUAGUGACCACAGACCUGCGGCAGAGAUGUACUGAUGGACACACAGGCACCUCUGUAUCUGCACCCAUGGUGGCGGGUAUCAUCGCUCUCGCUCUGGAGGCAAAUCCUCUGAUAACCUGGAGAGAUGUCCAGCAUCUUCUCGUGAAGACGUCCAGACAGGCUCACCUCAAAGCCAGUGACUGGAGAACCAAUGCAGCCGGACACAAAGUCAGUCAUCUGUAUGGCUUUGGUUUGGUGGAUGCCGAGGCCAUGGUGGUGGAAGCCAAGAAGUGGAGAAACGUUCCUCCUCAGCACACCUGCAGCAAGACCUCUGACCGCAGAACCCGGUACAUUCGAGCAGAUCAGAAGCUGAACGCCAGCAUCUCGAGCAGCGGUUGCAGCGAUCAGCCGGAUCAGCGGGUGGUGUUUCUGGAGCACGUGGUGGUGCGCGUCCUCGUCGUCCACCCGCGCAGAGGAGACCUGGAGAUCAGCCUCGUAUGCCCCUCAGGGACGCGAUCACAGCUGCUGGCUCAGAGAUUGUUUGAUAACUCCAACGAGGGCUUCAGGCACUGGGAGUUCAUGACGGUUCAUUGCUGGGGGGAGAGAGCGGAGGGCACGUGGAUGCUGGAGAUCUCAGACUCGCCGUCUCAGCUGCGUAACCCUGAAGUGUUGGGUAAGCUGAAGGAGUGGACACUCAUCCUUCACGGCACGGCUGAGCACCCCUACCAAUCCCAGGGUUCCCAGCACUCGUUCUCCAGGAUGCUGGAAAUUCCCACAGCAGGCAAGGAGCUGAAAAACCUAGAUUCUGUGCCAGGAGCCCCUGAGCAUGAAGAGGAGGAAGAGGAGGAAUAUAAUGGUCCGUGUCAUCCUGAAUGUGGAGAUCAGGGCUGCGACGGAGCAGAUGCCGAUCACUGCCUCAACUGCAUUCACUUCAGUCUGGGCAGCCUCAAGAGUGGCAGGACGUGUGUAAGUCACUGUCCGCUGGGUUAUUUUGAGGACACAGAGGCCCGCAGAUGUCGCCGCUGUCACCGAGGCUGUGAGAAGUGUGUGGCUCGUGGGCCAAACGAGUGCCGCUCCUGCCGGAGAGGACUUUACUUUUACUCGAAGGAGAGCACCUGUGUGGAGACCUGUCCCGCCGGCUGCUUUCACGACGACGGCCAGAGACGUUGUCUGAAGUGUCACGAGAACUGUUUGAAAUGCUUGCGAGAUGCAGACAGAUGCACGGCCUGUAAAGAUGGCUUCAGUCUGGCAGGAAUGACCUGCGUUCCAGAAUGUGCCAAUGGAACAUUUUUUAACCUGGAAGAAAUGAAGUGCAGCCCUUGCCACAUCUCCUGCUCCACAUGCACAGGUCCAGGAAUGGAGGAGUGCAUUCAGUGUGCGUCAGACUACUUACAGCAGGAGUGGAGGUGCGUCCGAAACUGUGCUCCCGGAUACUACAAAGGAGAGGUGGUGGGAUUCACACAGAGGAUGUGCCGCAAGUGUGAGGAGCACUGUUUGAGCUGUCAGGGUCCUGGAAGCAGCUGCACGCAGUGUAAGGAGGGAUACAGCCUCGUCAGCCGGACCUGCAUCAUGAACGCCACCUGUAACAAUGCGGAUGAAGUGUUCUGCGAGAUGGUCAAGUCGAACCGGUUAUGUGAGAAGAAGCUCUUCCGUCAGUUCUGCUGCCGGACAUGUCUGAUGACAGCCGGAUGACAGCAAGAGAAGAGGCCAACGGACUGACCUCCUCUUUCUUUGGUUGUAUUAUCUAAUGUACAUUUUAAACUAGUUAUACUGUGAUUAUUAAAGGAAUAGUUCACAAAAAAUGAACAUUUGCUGAGAAAUAUACUAAUCCUCAGUCAAUCCGAGAUUAGUUUGUUUCUCCAUCAGAACAGAUUUGGAGAAAUGUUGCAUUGCAUCACUUGCUCACCAAUGGAUGCUCUGCAGUGAAUGGGUGCCGUAAGAAUGAGAGUCCAGCUGAUAACAGCUGAUAAAAAAAUCACAAGUAAUCCACACCACUCCAGUCCAACAGUUAACAUCUUAUGAAGUGAAAAGUUGCAUGUUUGUAACUUCAGAUAAGUCCUCUAUUCAGAAUAUUGCUUUUAUGAAUCAGCAGUCUUAUCUGAAUCUGGAGAGAAAUAUGCAUAGAUCAGCAACCAUGGAUCAGAACAGUUCAACAGAGGAUGGUCUUUUUCACUGGAGGAAGUCUUAUCACUGAUUAUAGAUUCACAGUUUGGCCAAAUGUGCCAGUUUAAAAUUGAAACGGCUCAAAUAUGGAUUUGUUUCUUACAAACACGCAGCACAAGAUGUGAAGGACUUGAGACAUGAAGGAUUGGUGGACUGCAGUCAUGAGUAUUGCCGCUCCAGUCCAUCAGUUAAUGUCUUGUAAAACGAAAAGAAAUAAAUCGAUCAUUAAUGCACUUUAACUUAAAACAUCACUUUCAACUAAAAUGAGUGCUCUAUCCAUAAUGUUGCUUUCUCCAACGAAAAAGUUUUAUGCACUGAUCAAUCACAGCAAAAACAGUCUAAAGUUAUUAUAGGCUAGUAUUUUUCCCAGAAGCCACGAUUUAAAAUUAAAACUAGUUGCCAUUGUGAUGUUUUUAUCAGCUGUUUGGACUCUCAUUCUGACGGCACCCAUUCACUGCAGAGCAUCCAUUGAUGAGCAAGUGAUGUGAUGCUACAUUUCUCCAAAUCUGUUCACAGUAAGGAACAAACUCAUCCACAUCUUGUAUGGCCUGUGGCUGACUACAUUCUCAGCGGUGAACUAUUCCUUUAAUGACCGAAAUAAUACUCCUCAUUUCAAGAAAACCCUGUUAGGGUGCUAUUUGAUUUAAACGAGAUAUAUUUUUAAGGUUGUCUGUUUUUUAAACAUGCAGUACAUGUAUAAAUCGCUUCUUUUUUUUAUUCAAAGACAUCACUCUGAAUUAUGAUAUAACUGUAUAUGAGAGAAGCUGUACUCAUAAAUGAUUAUGUGAUUUCCAGUGAGAAUGAUUACGUUGGAGAAUGCCAGAUAACAAUUGGAGUGAAACUGCAAUGUUAAGAGAGACAUUAAGCUUUUAAAUCACAAGAACGAUCGAGAAAUAUGACACUGUACAUUUUAAACUGUGCAUCUAAUGGUGUUUUGAAUAUCUGAAGGUGGAAUAAGUCCAUCAAAGCUCUGAAAUAUAAACCUUUCCUUGAUGAAAA